AUGCUUGCGUUAUUAGCGCUUUUGUCUCUAAUCACUUAUGCUGUGUCUAUCCCCGUUGAUAACGGUGUAGAAGGUGAACCAGAAAUCGAAUGCGGUCCCACAUCCAUCACUGUUAAUUUCAACACACAAAAUCCAUUCGAAGGACACGUUUAUGUAAAAGGAUUAUAUGAUCAACAAGAAUGCCGCAAUGAUGAAGGUGGCAGACAAGUAGCUGGAAUCGAAUUACCAUUUGAUUCUUGCAAUGUAGCCAGAACACGUUCACUAAAUCCACGUGGAAUCUUUGUGACUACAACUGUUGUCAUUUCAUUCCAUCCAUUAUUCGUAACAAAAGUUGAUCGUGCUUAUCGCGUACAGUGCUUCUACAUGGAAGCCGACAAAACUGUAAGCACUCAAAUUGAAGUGUCCGAAGUAACAACUGCUUUCGCUACACAAAUUGUACCAAUGCCUGUGUGCCGAUACGAGAUUUUGGAUGGCGGACCAUCCGGACAACCAAUUCAAUUUGCCACCAUUGGUCAACCGGCAUACCAUAAAUGGACUUGUGAUUCUGAAACUGUAGAUACAUUCUGUGCCGUAGUACAUUCCUGCUUUGUUGAUGAUGGAAACGGUGACAAAGUUGAAUUGCUGAAUGCUGAUGGUUGUGCUUUGGACAAAUAUCUUCUCAAUAACCUAGAAUAUCCCACAGAUUUGAUGGCUGGGCAAGAAGCUCAUGUGUACAAAUACGCUGAUCGAUCGCAAUUGUUCUAUCAGUGCCAAAUUAGCAUAACUAUCAAAGAACCCAACAGUGAUUGUCCACGACCUCAAUGCCCUGAACCAGAAGGAUUUGGUGCAACAAGAACUCAAACAGGCGCUGCUGCAUCUCGACAAGCUGCAGCUUUCAGAGUACUCAAAAAACGAGAUGUGAAUAAUGAAAAUAUUGUUGACGUUCGUACUGACCUUAGUGCUUUGGAUAUUAAUGAAGAAUUCGCCUCAUUGCCCAGUUCAUUGCGUCAUCGACUUCAAUCACAUUCAUUGGGGCACCCAGUUGUUAUUGCUACAAUGAAUCAAGGCAUUUGCAUGUCAGUAACCGGAUUUACCAUCACUAGUAUGCUUGCUUUCUUGCUGUUCAGCGUCAUUCUCGUUGUGGCAGUCACAUUAUUACGAUCCAAAUCUGGAAAAGUCUAA